GAGGUAACAUCAUCAUUACAUUCCUUGCCUCGUCACACAUUCCUCUCUCUCUCUCUCUCUCUCUCUGCAACACAACAAAUUCACUUUGAACGUAGCACACAACAACCCUUCUCUUAAAGGACUCUGCUUUCAAAACUCACUCACUUUAAUCAUCCAUAUUCAUAUUAUCUUCUAUCACAAUGCAGACAAGGACAGUUCAAGUGAAGCAACUUUCAGAUCUAGCUACUGAGAGGGAGAUUCACGAAUUCUUCUCUUUUUCUGGAGAAAUCGAGCACAUUGAGAUCGUAAGUGAAUAUGGGAAACCAAAGACUGCAUUUGUGACAUUUAAAGAUCCUAGAGCGCUUGAAAUUGCAUUAUUGUUAUCGGGAGCAACAAUAGUUGACCAAAUUGUGAGUAUAAGUCCAGCUGAGAACUAUGUUGCAAAUCGUGCAAUGCAGGAAGUAAGGGUGGCGGAAUAUGCUAUAAAUGUUGCUCCUUCUGAUGACGAUGCAUUGAAUAUUGAGGGGGAGAAACUGGGUUCAACCAAUGGAAGAGUUUAUCUUAGUAAAGCACAAGAUGUAGUUACAAGUGUGCUGGCCAAAGGAUCAGCGAUAAGGCAAGAUGCGGUGAACAAAGCUAAAGCAUUUGAUGAGAAGCAUCAGUUGACUGCUAAUGCAUCUGCAAAGGUCAGUUCUUUUGAUAGGAGAGUUGGACUGACGGAGAAAUUGACAGUUGGACUUUCUGUAGUGAAUGAGAAAGUGAAGUAUGUGGAUCAGAGGCUACAUGUUUCAGAUAAAACAAUGGCAGCAAUAUUUGCAGCCGAGAGGAAGUUGAAUGAUACUGGAUCAGCUGUCAAAACAAGCAGAUAUGUGACUGCUGGAACAGCAUGGUUAAAUGGUGCUUUUAGCAAGGUGGCAAAGGCCGGCAAUGUUGCCGGCACAAAAACUAGAGAAAAGUUUAAUAUCGCUGUUUCGAACUUGACAGCAAAGGAACCCUCUUUGGUUGUGUAGGCCCGGAUUUUGUAAUCAAGGUCUCAAGGGAAGAUCUCUUUCAGAGCUGUUGUGUGUUAUAAAGGGUUUGGUCUUUUGAGAUCAUGCACUGAUUUCUUUCUGUCCUUCAACAGUUCAAUGCUUGUAGUAGCAACUAUAGUGAUUCAAUUCAAUCCAAUUUUUUGUAUUCUUUUAACACUUGGUGUUUUAGCUGUGUCUGUUUUCUAUGUAAUUGGUGAUUUUGCCUUUUUUUUUUUCUCUUUAGUUUUUGUCAAUAGGAAAUUAUAGGUGUGAUGCAAUUGUAUUUCUUUUUUCAGAGUUGAAAAAAAAUUAGAUUUGUUGUGCAUGUAAGAUGACAUCUUGUUUUGUUAUCAACACUUCAAAUAUUUCUGUGGGAAUUUUUUUUUA